AUGGACGCUAGCGAGAAAGGAGGGAGGACGCGGGGUACAGACAGAGAGGACGGGGCGUACUGGGGGACAAGGACAGGGAGGGCGAGCGUCGCGCAAGACACUCGGUCGGGGACGCUGGCCUUGAAGAGAGAGGGAGAAGGUUGGCUGAAACGGCCCCGGGGGGCGGGGCGGCUUGGGGUUCUCUGGGAGAAACCAGAAAUUUUAGCAAACGCGGCUAAGAUGAAAAGAAAAAUGAGCUAUUCUCCAGAAAUUGGAUCCACUAGCCACGGCACAUUAGGAGCUUUGUUCGAUGUGUUCUUAAGCUUUCGAGGACCAGAUACUCGCACUAAUUUCACAGAUACCCUCUAUUAUGCCCUGUUAGAUAAGGGUAUCCGUGUUUUCAUAGACAAAAAGGGGAUUGACGUUGGUGAAGAGAUCGGACCUGAGAUUUUCCAUGCUAUCGAUGACUCGAAAAUCUGCAUUCCCAUCUUCUCCAAAGGCUAUGCCUCCAAAAGAGGUGGUGCCUGCCUUGAAACUAGAGUAUAUAGGGACGCAUUGACUCAGCAUAAAAAAGAAUGUGGGGUUGAGACUGUGCAAGGCUGGGAGGAGGCACUCAAGGAAGUUACUAAAAUCAAGGGAUGGGACGCCAAGAACAAAGGCUACGGAGAACUUGCACAUUUGAUUGAUCGGAAAGUGUCGGUUAAGCUUAAGGUGUCUUCUGUUUAUAUAUCUGAUGAAUUAGUUGGAACGGAUGAAUCAGUGAAUGAAAUAGUAGAUAUGUUGAAUAUCGAAUCUAAGGACGUAAGGAUCAUCGGAAUUUGGGGGAUGGGUGGAAUAGGCAAGACAACUCUUGCCAAGGUUGUUUACAGCAAGCUGUCUACUAACUUUGAGAGUCACAGCUUCAUUUCAGAUAUCCGAGAAGCAUCAAAAGGUUUUGGUCUGUUAAAUGUGCAGAGACAAUUAAUCUCUAAUAUCAUUGGUGACGUAGGAGUUGAACUUUCUAGCAUUGAUCAUGGGAUGAAUAUGAUCAAAGAUCAAUUUUGCAGAACGAAAGUUCUUAUUUUCCUUGAUGAUGUAGAUCAUGCGAGCCAACUCAUGGCAUUGGCAGCAAAGAAAGAAUGGUUUGAUUCCCUCUAUGAUGCCUUGCUAAAUAAGGGUAUCCGUGUUUUCUUAGACAAGAAAGGAAUCGACGUUGGUGAAGAGAUCAGCCUAAAGAUUUUCCAGGCCACUGAUGACUCUAGAAUCUGCAUUUCCAUCUUCUCCAGAGGCUAUGCCUCCGGUAGCUCGUGUUUACGUGAGCUGGGACACAUGAUGGAGUGUAGGAAAAUCAACGAACUAGACGUUAUACCAAUAUUUUAUGAUGUGGAUCCUUUCGAUGUGAAGCUUGAAAGUGAAGUAUAUAGGGAUGCAUUAACUCUGGAUGAAGAAAAAUGGGGGUCGAUAUUGUGUAGCAUUGUACCAAGGUGCUUGAGGAAGUUACUGCAAUCAAGGUGUUGGGAAUAA